GUCACAUUUUUGCUCUUUGGUUAUGCAGAGCACAGACAUGUCACAGCACAGAACUGAAGGAAGUCACAAAGGAAGUUAAAGCUUAAAGCUAAGCUGGCUUCACAAUGAGGAGAGUUAGAGGGAAAGUGAAACUGUUAUAUGUCCUUUUACGCGUCUCUGAGCUGUGAAUUCACCAAAGCUCUCAGCUCAAGUCUGCACGAGUGGAACAGCCCUGUACAGCUAGACUCUCCUGCAUUUGACCCAGGACUCAACGUCAAACACUUUUGUGCUUGAAACUUGAAAAUAUGCAAGAAGAGGAACAUAACACAAGGAAGGACCUGGAGGAGCGGCUGUCCCGUUAUGUCCUUGACACAUUUUCCUACAUAAAGGUGGCAAAAGACUUUGUGAAUGGACUCACCAACUGGAUACUGAUGAGAGAGACAGAGUUACACCUCCUGCUCGACAUACAAGAUAGAGCAGCCAGUGUCAAGCAGACGGAGCAGCUGCAGGAGGAGCUGAGUGCCUCUCUGAAGACCUCCCUGAUGGGGCUGCAGACUCUGGACGUGUUCCUGGAUGCUGUGGAGAGACUGGCUGUCACUUCUGUGCAGGUGUUUCAGGAGGAGAACCCAGUGCUACUGCUGCCUGAAGGGGGUGAUCUGGGCACAGUGCAGGACAUCAUCACUGCUGCUAAGAACAUCUGCCCCCUGCUGGUGGAGUUCAAACGAGACAACAAAGAAUUCUUCAGCCCCAAACUGCAGAAUGUGGAGGUUCUGGCCUAUCAGCUGGACCAGUACAUCCAGGCUGUGCAGAAGAUCUGCGCCACCAUCAAGAAAGGGCCUUUGAGCGACUUCAGCUUUUUCAGUCCUGUGGUGAACAUCGAUGAAGAAAUCUCAGAAGACAAUGUUCAAAAGAUGCUGGACAUCAUUACUCUGCUUCAGGAACUCAGGCAGGAUGAGGCCUUCAGGAUGGUGUUCCUGUUCCAAGAGGAGUACUGCAGCAGCUUCAUGCAGCGCUUCAGUGAGUCUGAGCCUAGAAUGCUGCAGUUUCUGAAGGAGCUGGAGGAGACUGCUGUUCAGUUGGACCGCAUGAACAAGGGCGCACGUAUCUCCAGUGUGACGGGCAGCUCCGUCGGGGCUGUGGGAGGGAUACUGUCCAUCAUCGGGCUGGCUCUGAUCCCUGUGACUGCAGGAGCCUCUUUGGCCCUCACCUUGACCGGGGUGGGACUAGGCAUCACCAGCGGAGUCAACAGUGCAGUCACCACGGCAACCGAGAUCGGGGUCAACCGUACCCAGCAGAAGAGGGCCAGCGAGACUUUCCAGAAGUUCAUGGAGGAUGUGUCCAACCUCCAGGACUGUCUCCUAGAAAUGAUACAACAAACAGUAGAUGGGCCAAUAAUUCAUCCAACUGCUGGAGUCGCCAUGUGCGCAGGUGUGGCCGCCGCAGCUGCUAAAGCUGUUGCGGCUCUGCCACGAGUGGCCGCUGAGCUGCCAGACGUGGGGCAGGCUGCAGCCAAAGUACCCCUGGCCCUAGCCCGUGGAGCCAGAGGAGGCUUUAUCGCUCUCAAUGCUCUCUUUCUCGGAAUGGAUGUUUUCUUCAUCGUCAAAGACAGCAUGAGUUUGGCCCGAGGCAGUGAGACGAAGGCGUCCAAGUUCAUCCGUGCCCGAUUAGCUCUGUGGUGCUCGGAGAUGACAUCAUGGCAGAAGAUCUACAAGCUCCUGGAGAAAGGGAAACCGUCCUUCAAGAGAAAACAAGCCAUUCUUGUGACUGAGUUUUACACUGAGGAGGAAGAAUAAAAACAUGGUCAAUAUGACAGAAUAUAAUUUAUUAUGUAAACAUUUGUAUUUUUUCAUUUUUACAUUGUGAUUCAGUGCUUGUCUUUUUAAUGCAGACCAAAGUUCACUGAUGAAUAAAAUCUUUGU